GUUGCAGGUUGUGAAGCGUGAUGGCGCUGCUCCACCGCUUCGUGAAGCUGAACGACCGGGGCAACACGCACGUGUUCUCCUUCGUGGUGACGCGCAGCGUGACGCGCGACCUGCACCGCGACGUGACCAGCAAGGAGCUGACUUACGGCUACCAGCGAUGGGCCAUCACCUUCUCGCGGUCAGAGAAGGUUCUCGGGGUUUACCUGGUGUGGCGCAACCCCUGCGAGGGCAUGCGGGUUUACAUCGACUUUACCUUCACGCUGCUGAACCGCGAACACUUCAGCGUGAACGAGGCCUUCACCGGCAAGCAGGUCAAGUUUACCUUCGACUCCCCCGCGCAGGGCAACCGUCGCCUCAUCAACAUGGAGGACCUCUACUCCCGCAACUUCACCGACGAGAACGGCGAGUUCCAGCUGGAGCUGACGGUGUCGAACAUCAGGACGGUGUUCGAGGCUGAGCUGCGGGUGCCGCCGCCCAUCAACGGUGGCGUCGCCAGCCGCAAGGACAAGAAGUACGAGUCUCCGUACUUCCACUUCGGGCACUACGACUGGCACGUGUCCGUGACCUCGUCCUCGGGCAUGGAGGGCCGCCCGACGGUGCAGCUGCGGCGCCUGACGGGGUUCGACCACCAGUGCCGCGUGCGGUACCUCAUGGUCAUCGGCGAGGCGGAGCGCCGCGCCGACUCCGGCAUCUUGGAUCAGCUGAGCGACCAUGAGGGACGCACGCCCGGGUGGACGCCGGCGCGCACGCGCCUGCACGACCUCGUGCACAAGGGCGUGCUGAGGCUGUACCUGGAGAUGAUCCUGGCCAACACGACCAGCGAGGUGCGGCUCCAGCCCCUCCCCCACAACACCCCCGCCUCCGUCCUCUGUUACGACAGAGACAAGCAGGCCUGGGCCCUCGAACCCGACCUCCACUCUGACAUGCUCAGACUCAAGCUGGUCUUCAACGACGUCCACAACGUCCCCAGGAACCACCUCAGAUACGUGUGCUGGAACGCGUACCUGUUACGCCGGGCGUCGCGGGGGUACGUGGAGUCCGUGUGCCUCACCAACGGGCCCUUCAGCAACUACUACGCCCAGGAGAGCACUGACGACGGCCUCAUGAUGGAGUCUGAUGUUCCCGUCAAGGAGAUCAAGGAUGGGGGCAGCGCCUACAUUGACGAGAGGAAAGAGUUGACGGUGCAGAUUGAGUGGGUUGAGUCCCUGCUGCUCUUCCAGGCCACCUACCACAAGUACGAUGAUGUCACUCGGAUGCACAACUACCAGAUGAGGCGGGAGAUCGGAGCGCUGGAAGCUGAGAACUUCAGCCUGGAGCGUCAACUCUUCAGCUACCAGAAAUCCAUCGCGUACGCGCACUCGCGCGGGGCGUACGUGGACGACCCCGGGGAAGAGGCGAGCGACUACGCUCACGAGGGCUACGCUAACGGGAAACGGGACUACCACACGUCAGACUACUCCUCCAGGGACUACGACUACACCUACAGCGCCCUACCGGAAAGGGCUUUCUCUACAGACACAGAUUAUGCGUGAAAGAUGACUGGGAAAAUCCGUGGUACAACCAAGCUAAAAUAGGGACCAUCUAUCAGGGAGCCCAAGAUAAACCGUAAAAAAAUGAGAAUGACAGAAAUAACUUUUUUUGAUUGGAUAGUUAAAUCACUCUACCACAAUGAUGCAAGGCAAGGGGGGAAUCCCUGGGACAGGAAGGAGGGACAUUAGAAUUGAUCAUUCAAUUCCUGGAACUAUGAAGAGUUUGGAAAAGACAAUUCUGUAAGGGACUAACCCCUGAACACAUCGCCCUUCACAAAACCAAAUACAAAAUAGUUUUCAGUAAUGCUAGGAGGGCCCAGGCAGCCAUACGCAUCUGCUACCCAGUAUUUUAGAGUAUAAUGAGAGAGGUCUUGCAUAGAAGCUGCUUCUGUAACCUAUAAAAGUUCUGUGUUCAGAGUCUGUGAUGUUUGGGGCCAUCCGGCCAAGGUGAACUAGAAAUCAAAGGGAAUUUAUGAUAGGAAAGUGUAAUAGAUCGAUAUUUUUUAAAGCAGUACGACAAGAGGGUUAAUUAUAUAGGUUUUAUUUAGGCAUCCUUUAGUACAAGGAUCUCACUUUAAACCAGAGAGUUUUAUACAUUUUAUGGAGAUCAAUGAGAAGGUUAGAGUAGCUUUGGUGAGGAACCUCUCACCUGACUCCCUUGAUUAAUGAAGUUAGGAGUCUUUGCUUGCUGAUCACUGCACAAUUAUCGCCCGUGGGUUAGGGCGAUGUUCUGAGUACAGAGAGACUUUAGUUAGCCACUGUUUCCUUGGUGACGUUUUCUUCACCAAGCAAACAGAAAAUGAGGAAGCCUCAGAGCGCCUCGACUGACCAAUCACCGUCGCCGACGACACACAGAUCCAUUAUUUAAAUAGUGACGUCACUCCGGUAGAAAGUAGUCAAGUGUUCCAUUACGGUAGAGGACCUGCGUUGUUAGCAAAUAUUUGGUAGUUUUAUCUUAGGCGUUCUUUACUUACCAUAGACCUCUCACAACUGGCGAGAGGUAUAUAGAGUGUCGUAGAUAUCUUUCUUAUAUGCAGUUUUUCCUUAUUCAAAUCAGAAUUUAAUAUUAUAUCAUCCCGUAUAGGCGGCUUAAAUCACUUUAUUUAGAAGUCUUUAACAACUAGAUGUAGUCUUGAAAUAUUUGAAAUAGUAAUUUUAAGUUUUCGUUCUAUAUAUAUAUGUA